UGUUAACAUGAAUUCUCAUUUCCUCCUAUUUAUUCUUCUCUGUUUCUCGGGAUAUUUGUGUUACGAUCAAUCUCUGAACAAUGAGAUACAAAGGAUCAUUAAUGGAUUAGACACCGAUAUUUAUUUAGUUCCUUAUAUGUUGUCGCUGAGAUUAAAUGGUAUGCAUGUAUGCUGUGCUGCUAUAAUAAACGAGAAAUGGGCUGUGACAGCCGGUCACUGUAUCAACGUAACCAAAAAUCCUGUGGAAGAGAUUACCUUGUGCAGUGGAUCUUCCAUUCUUUAUAAAAAUUGUACCGUUCAUAACGUAAUCAACGUUUUCGUACAUGAAAACUUUGACAAUAAUAUCAAUGACUAUGACGUUGCCGUUAUUCAAGUAUCACCUCCAUUCAUAUAUAAUGAUUAUACGAAAGCGGUUGACUUGGCAUCAAACGAAAACGUUCACAGGAAAUGGGGUACAGUUUGCGGUUGGGGAUACUAUCAGAAAGACCAAGGUGUUAUCGAACCAAAUCUGGCUGAAACUCUGCAGUGUGUAGUAGUACCGCGAAUAAAUAAAUGGACAUGCCAAAGAGAUUAUGCAAAUAGAUUCAUAGUGACACCCCGAAUGACGUGUUAUGGAUUUCAAGAAGGAGGCAGAGACGCUUGUCAAGGUGAUUCUGGAGGGCCAAUAGUGAAUACUGACAACAUCCUCCUCGGUGUAACUUCAUGGGGCGACGGUUGUGCUGAAGAGAAUUCACCUGGUGUAUAUACAGAUACAAUAUUACUUCGAAAUUGGAUUAGAAAUAAAACCGGCAUAAAAACUUAA